AUGGCUAAACGUACAGACAUUAAAAGCAUCUUAAUUAUUGGUGCGGGUCCGAUUGUCAUCGGGCAAGCAUGUGAGUUCGAUUACUCAGGUGCGCAAGCAUGUAAAGCCCUUCGUGAAGAAGGCUACCGUGUUAUUUUGGUGAACUCUAACCCAGCCACCAUUAUGACUGACCCGACUAUGGCAGAUGCAACGUAUAUCGAACCGAUUACGUGGCAAACUGUUGCACAAAUCAUUGAGAAAGAACGCCCAGAUGCGGUUCUUCCAACAAUGGGUGGUCAAACGGCAUUAAACUGUGCAUUGGCACUUGAUGCCAACGGUAUUUUAGAAAAAUACAAUGUUGAAUUGAUUGGUGCGACCAAAGAAGCCAUCGAAAAAGCGGAAGAUCGCAAACUUUUCGAUAUCGCAAUGCGCAAAAUUGGUUUGGAAUGUCCGCGUGCUGAUGUUGCAGAAACAAUGGAACAUGCACUUGAAAUUCAAGCGCGUUUCGGUUUCCCUGUGAUUAUCCGUCCAUCAUUUACAAUGGGUGGUUCAGGCGGUGGUAUCGCCUAUAACAAAGAAGAAUUCAUUGAAAUCUGUGAACGCGGUUUUGAUCUUUCUCCAACCAAACAAUUAUUGAUUGAUGAAUCAUUAAUUGGCUGGAAAGAAUAUGAAAUGGAAGUUGUUCGUGACAAAAACGACAACUGUAUCAUUGUAUGUACCAUUGAAAACUUCGAUCCAAUGGGUGUGCAUACAGGUGACUCCAUUACUGUUGCACCUGCACAAACUCUGACAGAUAAAGAGUUCCAAUUACUGCGUAAUGCUUCUUUAGCAGUGCUACGUGAAAUUGGUGUAGAGACAGGCGGAUCAAACGUUCAGUUCGGUAUCAACCCGAAAGAUGGCCGUAUGGUUGUGAUCGAGAUGAACCCUCGUGUAUCUCGUUCUUCUGCGCUUGCGUCUAAAGCAACAGGUUUCCCUAUUGCCAAAAUUGCAGCAAAACUUGCAGUGGGUUAUACCCUUGAUGAGUUGAAAAAUGACAUCACUGGCGGUACAACGCCUGCGUCAUUUGAACCUGCAAUCGACUAUGUUGUAACCAAGAUUCCUCGUUUUAACUUCGAGAAAUUCCCACAAGCUGAUGCAACACUCACUACACAGAUGAAAUCUGUGGGUGAAGUCAUGGCAAUUGGUCGUAACUUCCAAGAAUCUGUACAAAAGGCACUUCGUGGUCUUGAAGUCGGUGCUUGUGGUUUCGAUGAGAAAAUUGCGGUGGGUACUGAAGGCGCGAAAGAUAAAAUCUUGGUAGAGCUUAAAGUGCCAGGUCCUGAGCGUAUUUGGUAUGUUGCUGACGCAUUCCGUCAUGGCUUCACAUUAGAUGAAGUAUUUGCUGCAACCAAUAUCGAUCGUUGGUUCUUGAUUCAAAUCCAAGACAUCAUUCAGUCUGAAGAGCAAAUCAAAACUUUAGGUUUUGGUGAUUUGAACGCUGACAAUAUCCGUGCAUUUAAACGUAAAGGUUUAUCUGAUUUACGUAUUGCAGACUUGAUGGGCAUUUCGCAAAAGCAAUUCCGUAAGCACCGUUGGAACUUGGGUGUAUACCCUGUUUACAAACGUGUAGAUACCUGUGCAGCUGAGUUCGAGUCAGAUACUGCUUACAUGUAUUCAACUUAUGAUGACGAAUGUGAAGCGAAUCCAUCUAACCGUGACAAGAUCAUGGUAAUCGGUGGUGGCCCUAACCGUAUUGGUCAAGGGAUUGAGUUCGAUUAUUGCUGCGUUCACGCUGCCCUUGCAAUGCGUGAAGAUGGUUAUGAAACCAUUAUGGUCAACUGUAACCCUGAAACGGUUUCAACUGACUAUGACACAUCUGAUCGUUUGUACUUCGAGCCGAUCACUUUAGAAGAUGUUUUAGAAAUCGUACGUACAGAAAAACCAAAAGGUAUUAUCGUACAGUACGGCGGUCAAACACCUUUGAAAUUGGCUCGUGCUUUAGAAGAAGCAGGUGCACCAAUUAUCGGUACGUCUCCAGAUGCGAUUGACCGUGCAGAAGAUCGUGAACGUUUCCAACAGAUGAUUCAACGUUUGAAUCUUCGUCAACCAAGCAACAGCAUUGUUAAAUCUGCUGAAGAAGGUAUGGCUGAAGCAUCUAAAGUGGGUUAUCCGUUGGUUGUACGUCCAUCUUAUGUCCUUGGUGGUCGUGCGAUGGAAAUCGUAUACAACGACGACGAACUUAAACGUUACUUGCGUGAUGCUGUACAAGCGUCUAACGAAGCACCUGUACUGCUUGACCAUUUCCUUGAUGAUGCAACAGAAGUCGAUGUUGACUGUGUAUCUGACGGUAAAGAUGUGGUGAUCGGCGGUAUUAUGCAGCAUAUUGAACAAGCAGGUAUUCACUCUGGUGACUCAGCAUGUUCGAUUCCACCUUACUCUCUUUCUCAAGAGAUUCAGGAUGAAAUGCGUCGUCAAACCGUUGCUAUGGCGAAAGAGCUUGGUGUGAUUGGCUUGAUGAACGUACAGUUUGCUGUUAAAGGUGAAGUGAAGCACGUAUUUAUUUCAGUACGUCAUUCAGAUAAACCUCGUGCCGCGGGUAUUGCGAAACAAUUGGUUGAUUUAGGCUUCAAAAUUAUCGCAACUGGCGGUACUUAUGAUGUCAUUAAAGAAGCUGAAGGUAAACAAGCUCAGCAGGAUUCAUUCUCAAUCCGUCGCUCUGCGCUUCAA